GGGCAGGCUUCUACAAAUCCACUCACGGCAACAUGGAGUGUUCAAAGUGUCCACCUCACAGCUUCUCCAACCAUGAGGGGUCAUUGCACUGUGGCUGUGAGGAAAACUACUUUCGCACUGAAGGAGACCCUGCCUCCAUGGCAUGUACUCGACCCCCCUCAGCUCCCCGGAAUGUGAUCUCCUCCAUCAACGAGACCUCAGUUAUCCUGGACUGGAGCUGGCCAGAGGACACAGGAGGACGCAGGGAUAUCACUUUUAAUGUCCUUUGCAAACGCUGCCGGGGCAUUGCUGCCAACGGGAGCACCAGUGGGACCCUGCAUUGUGAGCCUUGUCGAAGCAACGUCCGCUUUCUGCCAAGAGCAAUGGGGCUUCACAACACCACAGUGACAGUGGGUGACCUUUUGGCUCACACUAAUUACACCUUCGAGAUUGAAGCACAGAAUGGCGUAUCAUCGCUGGCACCCAAAAUGAGACAGUAUGCUGCUGUCACCAUUACCACCAAUCAAGCAGCUCCUUCUCCAGUAACGGUGAUCCGAAAGGAGAAGACAUCUCGAAACAGUGUCUCACUAUCCUGGCAGGAACCAGACAGACCCAACGGCAUCAUCCUGGACUAUGAGAUUAAAUACUAUGAAAAGGAAGAGCAGGAGACCAGCUACACCAUCCUCCGAGCUCGGGGUUGUAAUGUGACCCUGAAUGGUCUGAAGCCCAAUACGGCUUACCUGCUGCAGAUCAGAGCUCGCACUGCUGCUGGAUACGGAGCCAGCAGCCCCAUUUUCCAGUUGGAAACUAGCCCUGACUCAGCCUUCUCAAUAUCCAGUGAGAACAGCCAGGUUGUUUUAAUUGCCAUUUCCUGUGCAGUGGCGAUCAUACUGCUCACCGUGCUGCUCUAUGUCCUGAUUGGCAGGUUUUGUUGCCGCAGCAAAUCCAAACAUCCUGAUGAGAAAAGACUUCACUUUGGCAAUGGCCACUUGCGUCUGCCAGGUAUCAGAACUUACGUGGACCCCCACACAUAUGAGGACCCGAGCCAGGCUGUUCAUGAGUUUGCCAAAGAGCUUGACGCCUCCUGCAUUGCUAUUGAUAAAGUCGUGGGAGCAGGCGAGUUUGGGGAGGUGUGCAGUGGUCGCCUUAAGCUGCCCAGCAAGAAGGAGAUCUGUGUGGCCAUCAAGACUCUUAAAGGAGGUUACACAGACAAGCAAAGGCGGGACUUCCUUGCAGAAGCAUCAAUCAUGGGACAGUUUGAUCACCCCAAUAUCAUCAGACUGGAGGGUGUAGUGACACGCAGUAAGCCUGUCAUGAUUGUCACUGAAUACAUGGAGAACGGAUCCCUCGAUAGCUUCUUAAGAAAACACGAUGCCCAGUUUACGGGAAUCCAGCUGGUCGGCAUGCUGCGUGGCAUUGCCUCGGGCAUGAAGUAUUUGUCAGACAUGGGCUACGUUCACCGAGACCUGGCAGCACGAAACAUUCUGGUCAACAGCAAUCUGGUGUGCAAAGUGUCAGACUUUGGCUUGUCCAGAGUGCUGGAGGAUGACCCAGAGGCUGCUUACACCACCAGGGGAGGAAAAAUCCCUAUCCGGUGGACAGCCCCUGAGGCAAUUGCCUACAGGAAGUUUACAUCAGCCAGCGAUGCUUGGAGUUAUGGCAUCGUCCUCUGGGAGGUGAUGUCAUAUGGAGAACGGCCAUACUGGGAGAUGUCCAAUCAGGAUGUAAUAAAAGCUGUAGAUGAGGGUUACCGCCUGCCACCACCCAUGGAUUGCCCUGCCACACUCUACCAGUUGAUGUUGGACUGCUGGCAGAAGGAGCGGAAUAACCGUCCCAAGUUUGAACAAAUUGUCAGCAUCCUUGACAAACUAAUCCGCAACCCAUGCAGCCUCAAAAUCACUGCCAACACUACAUCCAGACCAGCCAACAUGUUGUUGGACAGGAGCAGUGCAGAAGUUCCCUCAAUGGGGACGAUGGGUGACUGGAUGGAUGCCAUGAGGACCUUGCCUUGCAAAGAGGCCUUCUCUGGGGUCAGCUACAGCUCCUGCGACACUUUGGCCAAGACCUCUACAGAUAGAGUGGUUCUGACGGAGGUCCACGUCACACCAGCCACAUGCCCAGAAUGGGAGCCAUCCAUGGGAAUCACCACCCUCUAACGCCCAACUGCUCUCCACUCUAUGCAGGCUCAGGAUGGGAUCUGAAAAAGGUUGGAGUCACGAUUGCAGGUCCGCAGAAGAAGAUUGUGAGCAGCCUGAAAGCCCUAGAAUCCCAUACCAAGAAUGGCCCAGUACCUGUUUAAAAAACAAUAACAAGAAGAAAUGAAAACCUCCAGAGACUUUUCUGUUGGUCUGUGUUGACCCACUCCAACAAAGAGGCCACAUAUCAAAAAAAAAUGUGGAGAUGCAAAUGGAUGGAAAAACAGAUAUGUCUCGUGUCUUUCACUCAUUGUUGAAAGCUUUCUAACAGAGAAAUGAGGAAGAGUUCAGAACCGUCGUGCCACCUAGUAAACUGGCUGGCUCACUCUUCCUACAUGCCCACGUUGAGAUGCCUUACUGACUAAUAGAGAGGAGGAGAGAAGACGAAAGGUAAGAAGGUCAGAAAGACAUGAUCAAGAAUGCAAACCUGGUUGCUAUUGGAAAACAGGGCAAGGACUAACAAAAUGCUGGAGUGGUCCUUGACCAUCGCCGGCCUCUGAGGGAGGCAGAAAAAUAGCUGAACUGCCAUGCGUAGAAGAGCAUGGCAGACAACCACAGCUGACUCGUAUGUGGACUUCUCCCGGAUUGAUUAAGUCUGAGGCUGGAACAUGAGUUCCAGCUAUAUACAUUCAAUACUCAGUCCAAGACAGGGCCGAGCUUGCGCGGACUCACCUAAACAUUAACUGUUUUACUCUGUAUCUCUAACAUAAAGCAUUUGCAUUCAGUAAACAUGCCGCUAAAAGCAAUAAGGUUGCAAUCCAUCAAAUACAUUCGUUGUGGUGAAGCCAUGGGUAUGUCACAUGUGUAAUGUAUUAAAUGCUGUGCUUUGAAAGCAGAAUGGCCAUAACACACUGCACACCCAGAAUUUUCAUUAUUGUGACAUCCUUGUUCUACAGGUCCUUCUCAAAAAAUUAGCAUAUUGGGAUAAAGUUCAUUAUUUUCUAUAAUGUAAUGAUGAAAAUUUAAUAUUCAUAUAUUUUAGAUUCAUUGCACACU